AUGAGUUUCCUGACGUCGCUGGGUCAGUAUGUGGCGGGCGUGGCGGACAGCGUGGCGGGGCUGGCGCUGUCGCCACGCCGGGCGCCCCCCUCCCGACACCGCUCCGCCGAGGAGUCGCAGGCGCACCCGCCGCCACCAUCUACAGCUACCAUGAGAGGGUUUCCUCGCGUGGUACCAACGGAAGGAGCAUCAGCACUGAGUGCGAGGCGCCGCACGCUGGACUGCCUGGCGCCCGCGCCACCACCUCGCCGGGGAGGGUCACUGCGUGUGCCUCGCAACCAGCAGCCGCCGGAGAAACCCACCAUGGCAUUCUGCAAACGACGCCUCUCUUGGCCUGAAGUUGACAACUCUGUCAAUUCUGGGGUCCAAGACACAGACGGCUCAUACUUUGAGAACUUUACUGCGCUGUCAUGGCGUCAUGAGAACAGGCGGCUGGCAGCGUUGAGGUUGGUGGAAGCGCGCUCCGAGAGGGCCCCGCCAGCUCCGCACGACCUCGGCCUCCCCAGCGUGUCUGCACAGCUGUCGCACAAGGAACACGAACAUCUGUAUACAGAAGUGCUGUACUGCAUUGAAAACGCAGUAGGUGCGCCGGCCCCUGAUGGUCAAUUCGCAGCUUACAAGGAAGAGGUGGUGGAACACGCCCGCCGAGCAUUCAGGGUGUCUCCCGAGGUGCACGCGCGCGCCAUGCGCUCCGCCGGCAGCGAGCGACCGCCCACCGUCGUGCUCGGCUGCUCAGUGCUCGAAGCUGAUGGACUGGAGGCUAAAGAUGCUAAUGGGUUCAGUGACCCGUACUGCAUGUUGGGUAUCCAGCCAGCAUCUCUGCCGGCUUCUCCUCGCGCCUCCGAGGACGAAGGACGCAAGCAUGGCUUCAGGCUGAGCUUCAAGCGUCGGGAUGGUCGCCAGCAGCGUGACAGCCUUGGUAGACUGCCAGCACGGUACAUACGAGCUACGAGCGUCCGACCUCACACGCUCUCGCCAAAGUGGAAUGAGACGUUCAAAUUCGAUAUCGAUGACAUCUCUUCGGAUGUCCUGCACCUGGAUAUCUGGGACCACGAUGACGAGAGUUCGGUGCUGGACGCAGUGUCGCGACUCAACGAGGUCCGAGGAGUUCGUGGCCUUGGACGCUUCUUCAAACAAGUCUGUCAGAGCGCUCGUCAAGGCAGCCAGGAUGACUUUUUAGGCUGUGUGAACAUUCCACUUCGCGAGAUUCCUUCAACUGGCGUGGAGGCGUGGUACAAGCUAGAGGCUCGCUCCCAGCGCUCGUCAGUGCAGGGCCGCAUUCGCCUGAGACUGUGGCUGUCAGCCAGAGAGGCAGGCCGCCACGAUGACGACAACUGGCAGCAGGUGCGGCAACACGAACGCCUAUUUGGUGUGCUACUGGCACAUGAAGUGGAGCUCCAACGCGCUGCUGCCGCGGCUACAGCUGCCGCCGCCGCAGCCGCCGCGGCUGCCGGCGAGCCUGAACCCAGCGCCGCUACCCCCACUCCUCCUUGGGACGGAGACCUGUGUGGCGCUGCGCAGACCUUGCUCCACCAGCAUGCCAUACAAGGCGACCUCAGCGCGCUUCAAGCAGCUAUUGCCCGAUUUGCCGCAGCAUGCCGACUAAAUGCUGAUGCGCCUCUUGAUCCCAAGUACAUGCACAAACUGCUGAUUGAGUUGGAGCGCGCGUGGUGCGCGUGUGAAGCGAUAUCAGGCAGCGGCAGCGGAGACUCGGGCUCGGGUGCUUCGCGCGACGAGGAGCGCUGGCUAGCCGACUGCUUCGGGGAGUAUGUGGACCGCGCACUGCACCAGCUCCGACUACAUCGCGACCUGUACCCGGUGCUGCACCAGUACAGCAUCAACAAGAGCGAGAUAGUGAGCGCUCUCCGCAAAGGCACAUCCGAGUGGUACGAGGCUCUAUGCGGCCAGGACACACAUUCUGAACGAGGAGAAGACCUCGUCAAUCUCAUCACGCUCAUACAAAUCGACCUGCAGCAGGGACUCACCUACUAUCACCCGCUGUUUGAAACGACUAAUAAUGUACCGUACUUCAGCAUAGUUUUUACUCAGAUAGACAAAAUGCUCUCAGAGGAUGUGAGGCAGUGCGUAGAGCACUGGGUUAUUGAAGGGUGGUGUGGCGUCGUUGAAGAACCGAUGUAUGAUGAACAAGGGAAUGGUGUGUGCCUGGUGACGAUAGCGAAGACGCUGCCGUUUGAAGUGUUAUCAGCGGUGCGCGAACUAUGCGCGGCCGCAUCCGUCGCGCCGCAGCCGCAGACGCAUCCCCACGCACCGCACGAUCCGCCACCACAGCUGCUUGAUGCAUACCUGUGGUUUGAGCCGCUGAUCGAUCGAUGGCUCGCCGUCACCAAAACUAUGGCGCUGCAAAGAGUUCGAGCUGCCGUCGAACUUGACAGACCCGUAGAGGGAGAGCAUCUUGUAAAACACAGUACGUCGUCGGUCGACACUGCAGCCUGCUUAUACCACAUGCGGCUGGUGUGGCGGUCGGUGGGCGGAGCGGAGGAGUGCACCGCGGGCGGCAGCGUGCGUCUGCUAGAAGCAGCCUGUGCCACGGCACUGCACUAUGCCGACCUCGUCCAUGGUGCUCUGGCAGACCAGGGAUACUACGAGAACUAUGGUCAAAACAAAACUACUGAAGAAAUAUGCACGAUCGUGAACAACUUGGAAUAUGUGCGACGCUCUCUAGCGGAGUACGACGACGAACACAUCGUGAAUGACGACAACGCACGUCAGCUGGUGCGAGGCGCCAUCGGAACUCUAGAGGCGCGAGCCGCCCGCGCCGCCGCGCCUCUCGCCGCGCGCGCACGGCCGCCGCUACGGAAGGCAGUGUUCCAUCUAGCGUGGUCCCCGGACACGCUACCUACCACACAGGCAAUAACUCCUCUACUGGAGUUUCUGGAUCAACACCUGUCUUCGUUGAACACGUGGCUGCUGCCUCGUGCGUUUAUACGCGCGUUGGCUGGCUGCUGGAGCGGCGUGCUCAAAGAAGUGUCCGCGCAAGCUGACGCGGGCGGAGCCGAGCGACCGCGCGUAUAUCAUCAUAGACUCAGAGAGGCACUCGACUUGUUAGCCGAAUUUUUCCACGCUGAAGGAAAAGGUCUCCCGAUGUCGGAGGUGCACAAUGCUGAGUGGUUCCGUGUGGAACAAAGGAUGGAAUAUCACCAGGCGCCCACCGAGAAACUAUUGGAGCUGUGGCUAGCGGACAGGCUCGCUGAACAAGCCCGCACUCCGCUGCCCUCACGAUACGGCUCCAUUCUUGUACGAGUGUACUUCAACCACGACUCGCUGUGCGUGGAGGUGCUGUCUGCUCGCGACGUGAUCCCGCUCGACCCCAACGGCUUGAGCGAUCCCUUUGUGGUGCUAGAACUGGUGCCCAAGCGACUGUUCCCCAAGGCGCAUGAACAAACAACUAAUGUGCAGAAGAAAACGCUGAACCCUAUAUGGGACGAGUGCUUCGAGUUCGCCGUAUCACUGGACGCAUGCCGAUUCCCGGGCGCGGCGCUGGCACUAUCCGUGUGGGACCGCGACGUGCUGACGGCGGACGACUUCGCGGGCGAGGCGUUCGUGUCGCUGGCGCGCGUGCCCGGCGUCAACAGCCACGCGCCGCCCGACCCGCUGCGCCCCAUCGAGUUGCCGCUCAUGCAGCUACAUGACCGCAAUCAUCCCAUCAUACAAAUUUUGGAGUCACGUACUACGGAUAAACUGGCCAUUGACUUCGUCAAGAAACAAAAGUUAAGAUUCGCUGAACAGUAAGUUGUCUGACAAGUUUCAAGCAUCUGUUUCUUACUACAUGUAUUUCGUUAUUUCUAUUUACGCACAACGUCCAUUAAAAUGUUGACAAUAUAUACUUAAAAAGAAUACAAAAAUGAAUUCAAUAUUUUUUAAACUUUUUAGUUAUUGAUUACAUACAUAUUUAUUAUUGUUAAGAUGUAAAAAGCGUCAUCAGUAUUAACGUAUGAAAUACUACAAAGACUGUGUAAUUCUUCUACUCACGAGAGAAUAUGAAUGUAUAAAGGUAUUGUGUAUGUGUAAAUUUCAAUGCAUUUUAUAUGUGUAUAGAGUUAGUACGCACCCUCGGAGCUUAUGUCCCUAGUCGUUAGUCUCUAUUAGAAAUUCCCGACCAAGUACUUUAAGGCUCGUUGUUUACAAUUUCAUAUACGUGCUGCUGUUCUACACCUGCCUUCAUCUUCUACAUGGACUUAUUACUGUUGAGCACUUUCUCCACCAAACAUAAUUAUCAUGGUGUUAGAUAUCGUACACCGUAACUUUGUCGACGGUAUAUGUAUAUAAAUAAACUUAAAUGCAAUGUACAUUACAUAAUACCAUAUUGCUCGAUUAGCAUUUUAACCCUCAGAUUUAUGUUUUGUACCUAUUUAAAUCCGUGCUUGGUAAAUAUUUGCGAUCCGUUAUUAUUUAUGUUCAACCCUCAAAGUUGUUAUUUCAAUGUUUUGUGGCUUUUCUCUCCGGAUUGGGAUCUUACGAUGAUCUAUUGAUGUCGGACUUACAAAGAGUAUUAAAACUUUCAUUCAAUUCAAACAUUAGUUAAGAAGUUACAUGAGUUUUAUAUAACGUUAUAUUUGAAAUUAUUAUAUCCCGAAGUGACAUCCGAAUGAUUUCAAAAUUAUUUAUACAAUUAAAUAUUAACCAUUUGGUAUGGUGCGUAUUUCACAGCUCGAUCAUUGGGGAAAAUUUUAUUAUUUAUAAAAAAUAUUGUGUACAAAAAUUUUAUAAAACUUUAUGCAUAUAUUUAUAAAACGAGCUUUUUAUUACCAACCGUCACAUCUACUACUUAUUAAAGAUAUAUAAUUUAAAUUAUAUUAUACUGUAAUAUAUAUGGAAUGCAUUGUCUUCGACGACUGAUUUUCAUCGUUAGAUUUAAUUGUAUGAGAUAUAUUUUAUAACUAUACGUGGCGUAUGUACACUGUGUAUACAAGUAUAUUAUUGUAAUAGAUGAUGUAUUGAUGUUUUAAAUUAGCAAAUGAAUAUUAUAUACCUACUUUAUACAUGUAACAAUUAGUGUAAAUCGAAUGUUAAAGAUAUUGAGGUGGAUUUGUAUCUAACGAACACGAGAAAUCGUAUGUAACGGAAGGACGCGCCAGAUUUAUUAUGUUUCAUGAACGUACGAGAAGAGAACCAAGUUAUAGAGUAGUAGCAACCACUCGGCGGUGCGAUAUACUCGUACAGACUUUCUUAUAGAUUGAAGAAACUGAAACGGAAUACUAAAGAAGCAACUUGGGAAUCCGGUUAGCCAUAGUAGAUAUAAUUCAAAAUCUUAAUUUUAAAUUAAUGUGUGACAGUUAAAUAAUCAAAUAAUAUAUAAGAAAACCAUUCGUAUAUGAUGAUGUUGUAAACUUUCUGCGCUCCUGUGUACUUACGAACACACUGUAGUAUAAAUUGUGAUUGAUGGAUACCUACUCCGCACCAAAUAGCAACCUCGAAGUCAUAUCCAGAGCUACCCUAACCAUAUCGCUGAGCUUUUAACGUCUACCUAAGAUAUAUGUAUUUUAAAGUUUAUACCUGCGCAGCGGGCCCGCGUCGAGAUGCCAAUCUAAGUAAUCGAUGCACUACCGCUUAUAUGCCGUGCUGUUUUUGAUACGUUGGUGAAACCUUCAUAUUAUUAUAUAUCUUAUAAGCAUAAUGAAAUCAAAAUUUAUGAUCCUUUGGCUGAACAAGACCAUUCCAAAAGUCAAUUAUUUAAAAUAGGCUACAAAGACAACAUAUUAUACAUUCAAAAUCUAUAUAUUUUGGAAAGUAUUGCUAAUGAGAAAGAGUCAUGUGCCAGCGAUCGACUUUUUUAUAUAAAUCAUUAUUAUACAAAAACUUUUUAUAAAAUUCUACUGCUCACCGACCCAAUAAGUAGAAAAGUAAAAAAUAUUAUGCGUAUUUCUAAUAUGAAGCAACAAUGCAUCCUAUUUGAAGUUAAAAUUGCAAUGAACGUAUUACAGCUCGCUAUAAAACUACUGCUUCUCUGAUUUACCCUUCGACUUUAUCGUUUGAUGUAUGUUAUCAACGUUAUGCCAAUCUAUAGAAAUAUAAGAAACCGUUAGUAUUGAUAUUGAUGUACCCAUACCACAUAUCUAUUUGUGUAAUUUAUAGAACUCUGUGAAAUCUAAAACCACUGCAUUAUGUGACUGAUUCAUUCAAAAGCAUGACUUGAAGUUGUAUGUACUAUUGACACUUGUGUUCCUGGCUUUAAUAAACUCUUAAAAUAAAUA